CAAUUUUUUUUGCUAAUUUUCUUCAACCCAAAUUUUGGUUAGUAGAGUUUUUGCUAUAAAAAGUGACCGCUUUCCUCCUUUUCAGCACAACUUCGAGUAUAAUUUCAAGUGUCUUAAAAGAAUCACCAAAAGCAAAUCUUCAAUCGAGCUCCCCUGUAUUCUUAUUAGUCAUCCGGGUCAUGGCCCAACAACAAAUUCCUCAACAGCAACAGACUCCACGAGAAAGGUUGAUGGCAACUGCCGAAGCAGGAAAAAUCGAUGGCUUGUACGAGUGCAUAAAAGACGAUCCACAUGUUUUGGAUGGUAUAGAUAAGAUCCCUUUUGUUGAUACUCCUUUACACAUAGCUGCCUCAGCUGGACAUGCCCAUUUCGCUUUAGAAAUUAUGAGAUUAAACACAUCAUUCAGUAAGAAGCUGAACCAAGAAGGGCUAAGCCCUUUGGAUCUAGCUUUGCGAAAAAGGGAAGUUCUCUGAAGAAAUUUGGAGGACUUGGAUUUGCCAAAUAGGGAAGAGCUAAGCAAGUUGCGAAAGAAGUUCAGUCAGAUUAUAAGACAGCUCAUAAAUUUUGACAAGGAGCUCAUAAGAGUCAAAGAAUCAAUAAUGGACCGGACUAUUCGAGCUGAGACUGCCCUGCACAUUGCUGUGAAAAAUUCCAAGCUAGAAGCUUGUAAAGUGCUGUUGGGAUGGCUUCGCAGGUCCCUAAAUCUACAAUUGUUAAACUCGGAAGAUGAGAAAGGCAACACUGUACAGCAUAUAGCAGUGUCCAAUUCAGAAAUUGAGAUUGUGAAGUUAUUAGUUGCAGAAUCAUACAUGAACAUGAAUAAAAAGAAUUUGGAAGGCUUAACGGCCCUUGGCAUUGCUGCAAAACUAAAACGUGAGCGACCUAGUGGGGCCACAACAGAAAUUGAGGCUAUUUUACGCGGUGCUGGAGCUUUUCAAAGUUCAUCCUCUCCUACCCAUUAUAGUCGUGCUGGUUUUUUGAAGUCGCCGGAGAGAAGGAUCGAAAAAAUAAUUAAAGGUAGUAUUGUUCUAGAAAUUUUCUCAAAACCAAACUUUUUCUCAACGAGUACCUACCAUGCUAUACUUAGCCCCCCAGGCGGAGUAAGAGGACUUGGAGGUGGCGACAACAAUAAUCAGCUAACUACCGACACCAAUGGUACUCUUAUAUAUGCCACCAUCAUCUCUACUGCCGGCCUUCCUACUAAUAUCAGUCUUUUUAAUGCCACCAUAUUCACCCCUAGUGCCACCAACACAACCUACAAUCCUGCCAACCAAGUGCUAUACCAUGCUUUUAAAAAAGAUUUUACAUAUGGACAAUUCUUCACCCUAUUUUAUUUCCUCAACACAGUAUGCUUUUUUUUCUCAAUCGUAACAAUUGUCGCUGUCCUCCCACUGAAUCGUUAUAAUAUCCUGUGGUACGGCUCCCUAUCCUUUCUGAUUAUGAGCUAUGGGUUCUCAUUUUUUGUCAUAUCACCAUCGCAUUCCAAUACUAACUAUUUUCUGAUUGCAUCAUAUAUAUUUGGUAUUUAUUUUGGUAUACUGGUGAUUUAUCCUAUCACCAUCGGGGUAUUAGGGAUUCGGGAUUAUAUGUUAGGCUCAGACCUUCUUGGGGAACACGUUGAGAUGCUAAAGCUUUGUUUAAAGGGUCGACCCCAAAAAUCAGAUUAGCCACAGCCAAACAUAAUGCAUUUUAUGUGGUGGUGCAUGUCAGCCCUGUAAUUGCCGGUUUCGAAUUGCAAUCUCUCUUGUGAACUUGCUUGGUGUAUCUUUAUUAUUUAGCCUAAAGAACAAGAUACUUUUGGUAGGUUUGGUAUGUUUGUUUUGCCUUUCGAUGGCCUCUCUCAGCUUCAUUUUCUUAUAUGUUUUGGUUUUAAUUUGAACCAACGUUUUGCAGCUUUCUGUGUGAGAGGGAGUAUAAGCCUUUUGUCUAGUUUAGCUCUCUCUACUCUGCUGCAUUGCGUAUGGCUUUGGCUUUUUCUUAUUGAUGUUUCUCUUUGUACUCUCUUGCUUUACUUCAAUAAAGCUUUAAGUUCUGUUCUUAAAAAAAACAAAGCUUUCA